AUGCGCUAUUCACUGUCUCUGUGCAUCAUAUAUACUCUCCCUCCCACUAUUUCUCUUUCUCACUCCCUCACUGUAUCUGUUUCAUGUAUUGUUUCUCACUCACUCAUUCUCUUUCCCUUGCAAUCUCUUUGCCUUAUUCAUCGUGUCUUUCUCUCUCACUCAUUAUGUCUUUUUCACUUAAUAUCUCUCUUUCUCAUUCAUUAUCUCUCUCACUCGUUCUCCUUGUUUCUAUCACUUACUAUCUCUUUUUUUCAUUCAUUCUUAAUAUCUCUCUUUUCAUUUAUUCUCUCUCUCUCUCUCUCGCUGUCUCUUUCUCAUUCAUUGUCUUUAUCUCUCUGUCGCUCAUUCUCUUACUUUCUCUCUCACUCACUAUAUCUGCCUCAAGGACAGUCUCACUCAUUCUCUUUCUCUCUCAUUGACUAUCUAUCCGCCACAUGCAUUCUCUCUCUCUCUCUCUCUCUCUCAUUCUCUUUUUCUCUCAAUUAUUGGCUCUUGAUUUCAUGUAUGACUGCUCUCCUACUCAUUCUAUUUCUCUAUCACUUACUCUCUUUCUCUCACAUCUAUUGUCUUUCACUCAUUCAUUCUCCUUUUCACACACUCACUUCUUUCUACCCUAUGCAUUCUCUCUCACUUACACAUCUUACUCUCUCACUUACUUUCUCUCUUUUUCUCAUUCAUUGUCUCUCACUCUCUGUCACACAUAUUCUAUCUCUCUUACUAUCUCUCAUUGUCAUGCGUUGUCUCUCUCUCAGUCACUCAUUCUCUUUCUUUUUCUCACUUACUAUCACUCUUUUAUAUUCAUUGUCUCUGUCAUUCAUUCUAUUCUCUCUCACGCUUCCCGUUUCGCUUUCCAUUUAUUGUCUCUAUCUCUUUAUCAAUAUCUCUCUCUCUCUUUCUCUCUUGAUUACUGUUUCUCUCCCUUAUGUAUUCCAUUACUCUCUCUGA